GAGUGUUGUGUGUGGCCAAAAAAAGAACCAACUUAGUGUCGAGCCAAGUGAUUCAGGCGUUCUGCAAGGAGGAAGCAGGGAGAAAAGAAGGAAAAAAGUUGUCUUUGUUGCCAGCGAGCUCGUAACUACGUUUAUGUGACCAAAGGCAGGCGGCUGAAGAGCGGGGUGGUGCCGACGGCGCAGCCCUCUUGUCCCCCGGCACUGCUGGUGGGGCUCAUCUCCUCGCAGCCCCCUCGGGUCGUGCCCGCCGCUCCGCUUGCCGACCCGCGGCCUCAGGCCGGGCUCCGCCUGUCCCGCUUCCUUUAGCCGGGGGUGUGCGGCGGCACCUCCCGGCGGCCCCCCUCCCGCUCCGCCCGUUGCCAUGGUGCGGCGGCCCGGCGUGCUGUGGGCAGUGGCGGCGCUGGCGCUGCUGGUCCGGCGGGCGGCGGCGCUGGCGGGGCCGGUGGUUCGCUGCGAGCCCUGCGAUGCGCGGGCGCUGCAGCAGUGCAAGCCCCUGCAGCCCGACUGCGCUGAGCGGGUGCGGGAGCCGGGCUGCGGCUGUUGCCUCACCUGCGCCCUGCUGCUGGGACAGCCCUGCGGCAUCUACACCGAGCGCUGCGGCGCCGGCCUCAGCUGCCAGCCGCGCCGCGAGGAGGCGAGGCCCCUGCAGGCGCUUCUGGAAGGCCGCGGGGUCUGCACCAACACCUCGGCGGGCGGCAAGCUGCGGGCUUUCCUCUUGCCCGGACCGCACGCUGCAGGGAAUUCCAGUGAUUCUGAGGAAGACGACGACCAGAAUAGCAGCAGCAUCGAGAGUCAGGCUGUCCCCAACUCGCACAGGGUGCCGGACUCCUCCAAAUCACAUCCGCCCCACAUCAAAAUAGACAUCAUCAGGAAAGUGCAAGCCAAAAACACACAGCGAUAUAAAGUGGAGUAUGACUCUCAGAGCACAGACACACUGAACUUCUCUUCUGAAUCCAAGCAAGAGACUGAAUAUGGUCCCUGUCGCAGAGAAAUGGAAGACACUUUAAACCACCUAAAGAUCCUGAACGUCUUGAGUCCCAGGGGCUUUCAUAUUCCAAAUUGUGACAAGAAGGGGUUCUACAAGAAAAAGCAAUGUCGUCCGUCCAAGGGCCGGAAGCGAGGCUACUGCUGGUGUGUGGAUAAGUAUGGCCAGCCGCUGCCUGGCUACGACGGCAAGGGCAAGGGAGAUGUCCACUGCUACAACUUGGAAAGCAAAUGAGGGCUGGCUGCCGGCUCUUCUGGCACCUGUGCAUGGCCGUUGAACCUCGCAGAGACCUUGGAGGGGCUGGGCAAGCGCUGUGGACUGCAAGGAGUGAGGAGCUCUUGUCUGCUACGUCUGGGGAUGGGGAGCCGCAGCCUCCACAGGCUCUACUGCAGCUGUACCCCGCCACCCACAUGCUUUGGGCUUCCUACGGACGUGUAGGGAGCUCUGGAUUCCCACCCAAACCUGCACUAUUGAUACCCAGAGAGAGAGAGGAAGAACAAAAGGCACUUCAGAAUGGAUUCAGGGAGUCUCCACUGACUGUUGGAAAGAACAGCCUGUGACCAAUUUGAUCCCAAAAGAUACUGUUGUGGGUUUACUUAUUUUUUUUUCUUUCUUUUUUAAAGAGUUGUAAACUUGUAAAAGUAUUAAAGCAAAAAGAAACCAACAAAAACCCCACAGGGAUUUAAAGGU